ACGCGGUACGCGAAUUUUUGAAACAAGUAAGUACAUUUGGGUUUUUCACUAAACCGGUACGAAACUGAAGUAAAUCUUUGCUUGCUAUUGGAAGGAAAAGUAUGCGGGAUACGUUUGCGAGCACGUCUUCUUUGUUAUUGCUCUAUUCGGUUGCGGCGGAGCUGCGCCUUGAGCUUCAAUCUGCAUACACCGUUGGAAGCAGGAGAAGAGUUCAAAACUCGUGCGGAAACCGUUAACCAUUUCAAAUCCUUCGUUGCUUCAUUUAGGCUCUAAUUAAAAGAAGUGUUAGAGUUACUGAACCCCUUUUGCUAUUGUAUUACGAGCAUAAAUCCGUUUCAUUUCUUUGCCCUUCCUGUUACCAAAUUCUAUCUUCAAUUUUAAUAUAAUAUGAGAAGAAAUGUCCAGUUCUCAGAAGAUCUCCUGGACAAGCUUGUUCAUAAUCCCGACAAGGAUUUGCGGUACAUGGCAUUGAAUGAUUUAUCCGUCGUCUUAGAACAAGGUCUAGUUAAUCUUCAUAAUGAGCAGCUAUCUGAAAAGAUUAUACGGGCUCUGCUGUCGGGUUUACAUGAUCAUUCACCCGAAGUUCAGCAUGUCACGUUGAAGACAAUAAAAGCCUUCACUUCGCACGCGACAAAUAUAGCGCUCUUCCAACUGUUGAACUCAUUGCUUUCAAAAGAAAGCGAACAUGACUUCGAUAAAAAAUUAACGGCUGCUAGAGCUAUCCUAAAAGAAGAACACCUUGAUUGCAAACUAACGUCAAAUGAAGUGUCUGUGUUACUAAAGAAAGCACUGACUAUUCUUCAUUCGACGAAAAACGACUUUGGAACGCUCCCGAUUUUACUUGAUUUACUCAGCGAUAUACUGAAAAAUAAUGGCUUGAUUUUUCAAAAAAGCGACUACUCCAAUUUACAAGAAGAAUGUUUUCAGUCACUGCUUCCUCUUUCCAACCAAGCAAAACCAUCUAUUGCCAAGAAAUGUAAUACCGCAAUUAGCUAUUUGUGCUUGCUGGGUGACGAGAAAUACACAUCCGCUAUUCUGACCAAAAUAAAGGAAGUACUUCUGUCUACAGACAGAUCCAGUAUUGUCAAUUACCUAAACUUAUUGAUUACAAUUUGUCAUGUUGAAAACUUGGUUGACGAAAGAACGAAGGCAGCCAUGCUAUUCAACCAAAGACUUUACACAAUCGUGCCACUUAUUUUAGGAAAUGAGAAAGAACUUGGCGAUGAUGUUGACGUUCUUGAGCUUCGAUUUGAAGCUCUGUCUCUACUGCUUUUGCAAAAAUUAAAUCCCGACAUCAACGAUCGUCUUCCUGCUAUAAUACAAUUUGUGAAAAUGGGUAUCUCCUAUGACCCAUGUUUCUUAGGAGAUGAGGAGUUAGAUGAAGAGCAGGAAGGCACUUUCUCUGACGAUGAAUUCGAUGAUAUGUUUUAUGAUGAGGAUGACACUUCGUGGAAGGUUCGUAAUAGUGCCUUCCACUGCACACGCUCUUUAUUGUGCACGUUUCCAGAACACUGCUUCCUAUGCAUUGAACUUCUUGCGCCGACACAAUCAAAACUACUUGACCGUGUUGAAAAGGUUCGGGCGGAGGCACUGCAAACUUUGGGCACCUUUAUUCGCGUUAUCGAUAAUAGAACAAAGACGACGGUGAAGACAAAUGGAAAGAGGCCACAUAGCGCAAGUGAAUUAGACUUGUUGAAUUCUUGUCUUAAUGCCUUUACUGAGCUAAUGCCACAGUUGUCGCAUUCGUUGACAAAAUUAAUCUCUUUAUUUGUCAGCGAAACCAAACUGCUUUCAGUCCAGAUUUCAACGGAGCUUAUUUCAUGUUUCCCACAGACCAUACAAAAGUUUACUGAUGCGUUCGCAGAAAGCGCAUGCAAACAACUUGAACGCAAAACUUCCGACGUUACUCUCGUCUCUGCUCUUUUAAAAAUGUUAACUCUCCUAGUUCCCGACCUCAAGGUAUCAAACCCAAGAAUGUUUUCUGAGCUCAUUUCUCUGAUACAAGACAAAUUAAGCAGCCAGAGUCAAGUAAUUUUAACCGAUACCUUGGACUUGCUUAAUGUAUACAUACAAGCAAUGGACAAUAGUGAAACAAGCGCCAAUGUGCUUUAUCCAAUAUUCCAACAAUUAAACGAUCUGUUGAAUUCAAAGCUCAGUCACACAAUUAAGUCAGAAGUACUGAAGUUACUGACAUUUUCUGUGAUUAAAUACUGCAAUUAUCUUUCGGAUGAAUUGUUUAACCAAUGCUUUGUUACAAUGUGUCAAGCGCUGCAGUUUGAGCCGCUACAAAGUUGUAUAUUGUUAUCUUUCACAAAACUUUUCGGGGAUGAAAGCUAUAAACAACGGAUUUCACCCGCUCAAAUAAGCAAUUUAUUCUCACUUACACGUCCUAUUUUUAUGAAAAAGGACAAUGCACUUGUAUUAUUGAGUUUGCAAUUGCUUAUCACCAUGUCGCCUUUGUGCAAUGUACUGCAACCCGAGGAAGAACAGGUCGUGGCGUCCGUCGUUGUAGACGCAGUAUCUCGAAGUAACGAGGUUGCCGCGGCUUGCUUUCAGUUCUUUCGUUUGGCUUCUGUAACUGUUUUCCAUGCCUGUUCAGCUGCAUUGACUCAGCAAGUCGAAAAGCUGUUGACCUUGAAUGACAUGUCUUUAAGCGACGACUGUCUCUCCAAUCUUAAGCAGGUCUUAAUUGAAAAGUCGGCGGAUUCCUUUCGGAAAAAUCUACUCUCUUUAUUGUUGCCGAUGAAGAAAGAAUGCCUCAUUGAGAACAGUAUUGCCGCACUGGUAGCUAUCAUCGUCAACUGUGAUCAUUUACAUGAGGUGGUAAAAAGUUACAUUCAACAAGUACAAUCACCAAAGACGUCAGAACAAGAUCGCAUCUCCUGUAUCGCUGUUUUGGGACACAUCAGCAUUGCAGAUUUUGACGUUUCUUUUAACGAGGUCUUUCACCUUAUCCUAUCGCAAUGCAAUUCCCCGAGCGCUGUGGUUGUGGAAAACGCCGCGACAGUUGUUGGCUUACUUGCUUCACAAAACAACUCUUAUGUGAUCCAGUUGUGUCAAAUGUUGGGUCAACAGCAAUAUGAAGACAAGUGCUUAAUACACAGUUUGAGAGAAGCUGUUAACCAAAAGACAAUGAGUGACGAAUGCUGUCGUGAACUUUGGUCACAACUCUUUCCAAAAUUAGACUCACUGCUGAAAACAGUAGACAAAACUGUGCUCUCCGAAUUCUUUUCUGUGUUUAGUGCAAAAUACCCAAUGCUUGCGUUCCAACAAGUUUCGCCGCUGCUUCAUGAAAACCAUACGAGUUCAAAGAUCGUAGCAGCAUUCAUUCUACGAGGAACGUUUUCCAAUCUUGAAGCAAAAUUCUUGCCUGCCUGGAAGGGGGCAUUUGAUCAAAUGCUGCCAUUAUUGAAACUGAACCCACCACUUGAUUUACAUUACGAAAUCGUGUAUUUAGUGCAGAAUAUUCUUCGAGUUCGACCCGAACUUCUUCGUCCUCAUUUGGAAGUUCUCAUGGAACAAUUAAUCGAGGACACCCAAAUCAAUUCUAAGCUCGUUCGCAACGUCCAAAUGGGUCCCUUCCAGCACAAGGUAGACGACGGUCUGCCUCUGCGUCAUCUAACCUUUGAAAUUCUUUUUGCCAUGCUCGAUUUCAGCGAAACGCGUUGCUGGUCCACGAAAGUGUUUGAUGCGGUAAUUGUAGGAUUAAAAGACGAGCAAUACAUUAAGCUGCUCUCCAUAAGCAUUCUGAAACGCUUGCUUACCUUGUAUCCAGCUGAGCUUGAUUCCCAAAUGGAACAGCUCCUGGAGCCUAUGAAUACUGUUCUACAAACAAAGCUCAAGGACACGGCAUAUAAGCAGGAAAUUGAGAGACAUGAAGAACUUAUCCAAAGCAUUCUUCGCCUCGCGUGUUUCCUUCAAACGCAUACCUCCAACGAUAAAAUCCAAGUGUUUUGCCAACAGCUUGAGCAGGGCCAGUACAAACUUCAGUAUCAGCAAGUACAGCAGACUAGCAAGUAAUAAUAUUGUGAGUUUGCGAGUAGUCGUAACUAUGAUUGCUGCUUGUUUCGUCUUAAUUUGUAUGACUGAGAAUACAGAAUUGUAACAAGUUUGAAUGACAGUUCGUGUCUAAUCCGCUUGAUAUGCAUAUCUAUAAACUCAUAGUAAGAAAACAAUUACAGUGAAAGGCAUCAUUUCUUCAUCCAAGUUGCUUUCUCCUAAACAACUUUUCUUCUCCUGCCGUCUGCUUAGCUUCCUGAGUCUUCUUCGAGAGCCUCUCCCGGUACAACACCACCACCACAGCGGUGAUGCUGG